AUGUCCGCCCUCGGCGCGCGAAGCGCGAGGCGAACGCGAACGCGAACGCGAAAGCCUCGGUGGAUGACGCUCGCGAUGUUGGCACUCGUGUGCGCGCUCCUCGCGCUCGCGGCGUCGCGCGGCGUCGCGGGCGACGGCGGCGACGACGACGACGACGACGACGACGACGACGAUGACGACGACGAUCACGGAUCGUCCGGACCCGCGGUCACGGUCAAUGCCGCGUGCGCGGUGGACGCUACGGACGGGUUAACAUGGUGCGUCUACGCCAACGUCGUCGAUGGCAUCGACCUGGCGUUUUCCGCCAUCGAUUCCACGGACGUCUCGCGCGUGGAUCAUUACGUCAAGGCGACGUUUACCGGGACGAAAAAUCCCGGAUCGGCGGGUUGGGCGUCGUUUGGGCCCGGGGCGUCGAUGUCGUCGGCGGUCGUCUCGGUGGGUCAGGCGAACGGCGCGAGCUCGAAGGCGUACACGUUGACGAGCCAUGCGACGCCUUCGACCAUGUGCUCAGCGGGAUGCUCUAUUACGGAGCUUGCGACGACCACCGAUGCGAGUGGGAUGACGUUGAAGUUUCGGUACACGAAGGAGAAUGCGACGCCUGGGACAGAGACGUUCAUUUGGGGGAUGAAGACGUCGGCGUGGCCGGGGAAGCACUCGGCGUUUGGGACGGUGAGCGCCGACAUCACGGGGAUCUCGACGGCGAGUUCUGGGUCAUCGACAUCGACGUUGACGCGAGACGUGACUCAUGGUGUGCUGAUGGUCAUGGCGUGGGUUAUUUUCAUGCCGGGCGCGAGUGCGAUGACUUUGGUGAAGAAUGCCUUGCCGGAUGGGUUGUGGUUCAAGUUGCACAUGUUGGGCGCGGCGAUCGGAUCGCUCAUUUUCGCGAUUGCACUAGGGCUUUUGCUCGGGCGCGAGGAUCACGGAGAGUCGUCGCUUCUAGACACGCAUUACACGCUCGCUCUGGGCACGAUAGGUCUUUGGGUGGCACAAAUUUCCUUGGGCGUGCUUCGUCCGAACAAGACUGGCGGCAACCGCCUCGGGUUCAUCCCGACGUCGCUUCGCCCUGCGUGGUUCCUCGCACAUCGUGUGAUUGGGCCAAUAGUCAUAAGCAUUGCCGCUGCCGCGGUCGUCACCGGCGCCAAGCUCAUCCAGGAUAAGCACAGUGCCGACAGUGCGAUUGGUAUCAAAUUUUUGACGCCAGACGUCAUGUACGCCAUGUACGCGACUGUCGUCGCCGUCGCGCUCGUCGGCGCUGGCAUGAAUCUGUACUGCUUCAAGCAGCGGCGCCGGUCCACGAAUCCAAGUGCACCGUAUCUCAUCGAAACGGGUCAAACAAUGUCUUCAGAUGUAUAG